AUGAUUAUUUAUACAUUUUUUUUAAAUAUGGCCUCCAGGAAGACUGUCAACAGAAGAGCUCGUCCCCAACGUGCUACUUCAAACGUUUUUUCAAUGUUUGAUCAGGCACAGAUUCAGGAAUUUAAGGAAGCUUUUAAUAUGAUUGACCAAAAUAGAGAUGGUUUUAUUGAUGCUAAUGAUUUACAGGAGAUGUUCUCUUCUCUUGGUAAAGAGGUUACAGAUGAAUUUUUAGAUAAAAUGAUAUCUGAAGCCCCAGGAGCCAUUAAUUUUACAAUGUUCCUAACAUUAUUUGGAGAAAAAUUAACGGGAACGGAUCCGGAGAAUGUUAUUCGGAAUGCUUUUAUAUGUUUUGAUCCUGAUAAUAAAGGAUGGAUACCUGAAGAUUAUCUACGUGAUCUUUUAACUACAAUGGGAGAUCGUUACUCUCAUGAACAGGUUGAUGAACUUUUCCGUGAUGCUCCAAUAAAAGAUGGUAAAUUUUUUUAUAAUGAAUUUACGACAAUGCUUAAACAUGGAACAAAGGAUAAGGAUGACUAA